UCGGUAUUUUCAACAUGACAUGCAAAGAAGUAUUCUCAGUAUUGUAUUUCAUCAGUUUCGUCCCUAUAUCAUCCUUCGCUAACAGUACUAUUUGUGAAAAUAACAAAACGGGAAAAAACGAGUGCUGUCAUAAUUAUAGAAAUGUUUCUGGCACGUGCGAAGCUUGUGUUGGGUCCUGGGGAAGGGGAUGUGAACAAGACUGUGAGUUUGGAUUCUUCGGACAGUUUUGUAAGGAGAAGUGUAGCUGCAGUCAGAAUCAAAUAUGCAACCCAGUCAGUGGAUGUGUGAAUGUCAUCGAUUUCACGACAGAAUCUGAUCAGAAUGAAGCUGGUGAAGCGCUGAAUUUACAAACAAUCAUCACAGCUGUGGGUGGCGUGCUAGUCCUAUCUUUGAUCGGGACUAUUUUGUUUGUGCGACUGAAACUGAAACAAGAUACUAAUACUGGAAAGAUGACAUCAUCAGUACCUCCAGGCAAUGAAUGUACAUUCCAACUUGAACAGAAAGAUUGUAUUUAUAACGAUGUUAGAGAAUCACGAAUGAUCGAUAAUUCAGAUCUUAGUCCGUGUAAAAAACACACUUUACCAAGAAACAGUGUGGGACGCAAUAUACAUAUGCAGCACUGGAGAAGUUUACCAAGACGCCAACCUAAAGAAUGGCAGAAUCAGUUAACUCGUUCCAGAACUUUAGUUCCGGGACAGUAUGGAAGAUAUAACAGAUAUUCAGAUGACUAUAACCACCUACAAUUUAACAAAAUGUCUACCCUGCCGGAUAAACCAUGUGUUAGUACACGCAUAAAUCAUUAUGGCAUGAGGAAACCGAAAUUUGUGAAGCCUUCAUCAAAAGCCACAAAAGCUGAGGCCCGGAAAUUUAUUGACGAGAAUCAUUAUGUUAAUUUUACAUCGGAAGAGUAUCCUACCACGCCUAGAUCCGGAAUCCCACUGAAGCCUAGGAAUUGUCGUCCAUAUAGUUCUGUUAAAUACAACAGAAAAGUAGAAAUGGAAUAAAAACAACGGAAACAAAUAUGACUAUACAUGAAACAUCUAUGUUGGUAAACUUUUCUCGAUUACAAGUCACGUGACGAGAGAAAAUGUAGAUUUCUUUGCCUACCAUCUCCCCAUGAAGUCUUGUACCACCUAUGAUCUCAAUUGUUUCCUUUCUCCCGUCUUACAAUAAUUGUUAUUUGAUAUUUACUGUGAGAUGUUUUUCCCAUAUUCAAUGCUACUGUAUUAAUUCGCAUAACAUGGCCUUCAUUGUUCAUCAUCUUUCUGCAGGUCUUCAUUGUACGCCAUCUUUGGCCUUUUUGUGGUUUCCAUGUUAUGUUUUGUCUUUAUGAGCAGUUCAGUAUUACGUACCAUUAAUAAGUAUCAUGUAACAGUAUUAUGUACCAUUAAUCAGUAUCAUGUAACAGUAUACAGUUAUUGACUGGGUUCGAGGACAACAGCUGUUUUGUUUGACCCGAGAACGGGUCUGUUGCCCGAAGCCGUAGGCUGAGGGCAACCGAUCCGUUCGAGGGUCAAAUAAAACAGCUGUUGUCCGAGGACCCAGUUAAUAACUGUUUUGGUAUACACCUUCAUUUUUUAGGUUGUUUUUACUAGGUGCACAUGGUUUGUUGAAUUUAAACGGGACAGUGUGAUUACAUACAUUUAUCACUGAUUCCACUAGUUUAAAAGAAAACAUACCCAAUAUCCUAAUUGAUAAUUAUAUUUUUCGUGUAUCUGCUCUGCUUUUCAUCUAAUGAAUUCCGUAUUUCAUCACCAAUCAAAUCAGUGAACCUCACCAGUACGUACACAAAUAAGCAGACCAAGAAUCAUAUGACUUGCGUAUAACAGCUUUAACACGAAUAAAAUAAAAAUAAGUAAACUUCAUCUUAUACAAUUGAUUCUAGAAAAUGAUGAACAAAUAUUUUUUUUAUGUUCUUGCUGUCCCCACCUUGAAGAAUUAAUUGAAUAUCAUCUUCCGUUGCUGUCGCAAAAUAUGCAUCCUCUACUUCGUUCUUUGAACAUCGGAAGGCCUCGGGUACCAGGCUACCAUUUUUUUUAUCCAAACGGCACGAAAAGAUAACUCGAGUUAGCGCCAUAUAACGUCAUCGGUCAACAGUCUUUUUUAACAGUCGAUUUUAACAGUUCCCGGUCCAACAGUCGCCAGAACAGUCGAAAUGUUGGACUUUUUUUUGUAAGGAGUUAAAUAGGAACUGUUUCAUAGGGGUAUAACAAUAUUAUGUACCAUUAAUCAGUAUCAUGUAACAGUAUUAUGUACCAUUAAUCAGUAUCAUGUAACAGUAUUAUGUACCAUUAAUCAGUAUCAUGUAACAGUAUUAUGUAUCAUUAAUUAGUAUCAUGUAGCAGUAUUAUGUAUCAUUAAUCAGUAUCAUGUAACAGUAUUAUGUACCAUUAAUCAGUAUCAUGUAACAGUAUUAUGUAUCAUUAAACAGUAUCAUGUAACAGUAUUAUGUAUCAUUAAUCAGUAUCAUGUAACAGUAUUAUGUAUCAUUAAUCAGUAUCAUGUAACAGUAUUAUGUACCAUUAAUCAGUAUCAUGUAACAGUAUUAUGUACCAUUAAUCAGUAUCAUGUAACAGUAUUAUGUACCAUUAAUCAGUAUCAUGUAACAGUAUUUUGUACCAUUAAUCAGUAUCAUGUAACAGUAUUAUGUAUCAUUAAUCAGUAUCAUGUAACAGUAUUAUGUACCAUUAAUCAGUAUCAUGUAACAGUAUUUUGUACCAUUAAUCAGUAUCAUGUAACAGUAUCAUGUAACAGUAUUAUGUAUCAUUAAUCAGUAUCAUGUAACAGUAUUAUGUACCAUUAAUCAGUAUCAGGUAACAGUAUUAUGUAUCAUUAAUCAGUAUCAUGUAACAGUAUUAUGUAUCAUUAAUCAGUAUCAAUGUAACAGUAUUAUGUAUCAUUAAUCAGUAUCAUGUAACAGUAUUAUGUACCAUUAAUCAGUAUCAUGUAACAGUAUUAUGUAUCAUUAAUCAGUAUCAUGUAACAGUAUUAUGUACCAUUAAUCAGUAUCAUGUAACAGUAUUAUGUAUCAUUAAUCAGUAUCAUGUAACAGUAUUAUGUACCAUUCAUCAGUAUCAUGUGACAGUAUUAUGUACCAUUAAUCAGUAUCAUGUAACAGUAUUAUGUAUCAUUAAUCAGUAUCAUGUAACAGUAUUAUGUAGCAUUAAUCAGUAUCAUGUAACAGUAUUAUGUAUCAUUAAUCAGUAUCAUGUAACAGUAUUAUGUACCAUUAAUCAGUAUCAUGUAACAGUAUUAUGUAUCAUUAAUCAGUAUCAUGUAACAGUUUUAUGUACCAUUAAUCAGUAUCAUGUAACAGUUUUAUGUACCAUUAAUCAGUAUCAUGUAACAGUAUUAUGUACCAUUAAUCAGUAUCAUGUAACAGUAUUAUGUACCAUUAAUCAGUAUCAUGUAACAGUAUUAUGUACCAUUAAUCAGUAUCAUGUAACAGUAUUAUGUACCAUUAAUCAGUAUCAUGUAACAGUAUUAUGUAUCAUUAAUCAGUAUCAUGUAACAGUAUUAUGUACCAUUAAUGAGUAUCAUGUAACAGUAUUAUGAAACAUCAAUCAGUAUCAUGUAACAGUAUUAUGUACCAUUAAUCAGUAUCAUGUAACAGUAUUAUGUACCAUUAAUCAGUAUCAUGUAACAGUAUUAUGUACCAUCAAUCAGUAUCAUGUAACAGUAUUAUGUAUCAUUAAUCAGUAUCAUGUAACAGUAUUAUGUAUCAUUAAUCAGUAUCAUGUAACAGUAUUAUGUACCAUUAAUCAGUAUCAUGUAACAGUAUUAUGUAUCAUUAAUCAGUAUCAUGUAACAGUAUUAUGUACCAUUAAUCAGUAUCAUGUAACAGUAUUAUGUAUCAUUAAUCAGUAUUAUGUAACAGUAUUAUGUACCAUUAAUCAGUAUCAUGUAACAGUAUUAUGUACCAUUAAUCAAUAUCAUGUAACAGUAUUAUGUAUCAUUAAUCAGUAUCAUGUAACAGUAUUAUGUACCAUUAAUCAGUAUCAUGUAACAGUAUUAUGUACCAUUAAUCAGUAUCAUGUAACAGUAUUAUGUACCAUUAAUCAGUAUCAUGUAACAGUAUUAUGUAUCAUUAAUCAGUAUCAUGUAACAGUAUUAUGUACCAUUAAUCAGUAUCAUGUAACAGUAUUAUGUACCAUUAAUCAGUAUCAUGUAACAGUAUUAUGUACCAUUAAUCAGUAUCAUGUAACAGUAUUUUGUACCAUUAAUCAGUAUCAUGUAACAGUAUUAUGUACCAUUAAUCAGUAUCAUGUAACAGUAUUAUGUACCAUCAAUCAGUAUCAUGUAACAGUAUUUUGUACCAUUAAUCAGUAUCAUGUAACAGUAUUUUGUACCAUUAAUCAGUAUCAUGUAACAGUAUCAUGUAACAGUAUUAUGUAUCAUUAAUCAGUAUCAUGUAACAGUAUUAUGUACCAUUAAUCAGUAUCAUGUAACAGUAUUAUGUAUCAUUAAUCAGUAUCAUGUAACAGUAUUAUGUAUCAUUAAUCAGUAUCAAUGUAACAGUAUUAUGUAUCAUUAAUCAGUAUCAUGUAACAGUAUUAUGUACCAUUAUUCAGUAUUAUGUAACAGUAUUAUGUAUCAUUAAUCAGUAUCAUGUAACAGUAUUAUGUACCAUUAAUCAGUAUCAUGUAACAGUAUUAUGUACCAUUAAUCAGUAUCAUGUAACAGUAUUAUGUACAAUUAAUCAGUAUCAUGUGACAGUAUUAUGUACCAUUAUUCAGUAUCAUGUGACAGUAUUAUGUACCAUUAAUCAGUAUCAUGUAACAGUAUUAUGUACCAUUAAUCAGUAUCAUGUAACAGUAUUAUGUACCAUUAAUUAGUAUCAUGUAACAGUAUUUAUAGGUAGAGGAAUCAGUACUCAUGUGUUCAAAUGUUGUGACAAUGUGUAAUACAUGUAGAUUUCCUCUCGAUGGUUUGUGAACUUCUAUAUUUUGUCAUAUGUUAUGUUCAAUAAAUGACAUUUUCAUUCUCA